UUUCUUGAGGGAGCUUAAAUGUAGGCCGAUUUCAGACACGGCAUGAUUAUUGACAACACGUUGUGUGAUAUUGAAUAUAAUUCGGCUUAUUUGAAUACGAUAUAUGUUGAAUUACGCUGGCUAUAUAAUACAUGUAUAUUUAUCUAACUGAAUUGCAUGUAAUCGGUGCAUGACAAUGUACUAGUACCGUUUCCUCGCAAGCUAACAUUGUUAGCCAGCUGGCUACGUUAACCUAGCUAGUUAGCCAUUACUCUAUUGUGGACGCGCGGUUUUGUAAUUGAUGUGUUGCGAAAAUUCCCCAUUUCAAGUGAUGGUGUGCAUCUGACUUGUAUUCGAUUCCUAUUUAAAGGCGUAUAUAAUGUUAAUGUGAAGCGGCGACAGAUUGAAUGAAUGUGACAAUAUGGCGACUCCCAGAGAAGCAUGAAAAUAGCAAUCCACAGUAAACAGGGGUCUAAUUACAAAUGCUUUACGAGUAUUUAAUUGUGGUAGACUUCAUCCACAGAUUUACCAAUAUGACUUUAGUGGGACAUGGCUGGUGUACGUUCUUGAUGAAGCAGUAGCUAAAUUAAGGUUUAAUCUAACACCGGUAUUAUUUGUCUUUCAUUUGUAAUCUCCUCCGCCAUUUUUCAGACUGGCGGAGGUUUGUUUGGUUGUUACAAGAUGGCGGCUCCCAUGGAGUGGCACUCUGAUUACUUAAGAGUUUUAACUGCAAAAUGCUACGGCAAAAAACAUGACAUUUAGAAGGAAAUACAAUACACCUUUGUUACAGUUUGAGUUCUGGUGUCGAAUACAUAUUUAUAAUUAUAUUUAGUUAGUAUUGUGGUAAUAAUAGCCGGCUUUUCCUUUUUGUGAAGCGUUAGUAAAAAUGGCUGCUUCCCUGGAGUUUACAAUUACACUAUUAUUUUUCACAUGCAUCGGUGUUGGUCCCAGCAAUCGAUUGCACGUGCAGUCUUCACUUUGCAAAAUGUGUUUUGGCUUCACUUCGCAAGUAUCAACAAUAGACCUGAUCAGAACUUGUCAAUAUUGUUUUGGAAUGCUCUUUUAGCUCUCUUUUUUUUCCAUCUGAAGAGGACAUGACAUUUCCUGGUUCAAUGGUGUCUGGGACCACAGGCUCAACUCUGCAGCCACGAUGGAAGCGGGUUCUAGGAUGGUCUGGGCCUGUGCCUCGGCCAAGACAUGGUCACAGAGCCGUUGCUAUAAAGGAAUUGAUGGUUGUUUUUGGAGGAGGAAAUGAAGGAAUUGUGGAUGAAUUGCAUGUCUACAACACAGCAACAAACCAAUGGUUUAUCCCUGCGGUUCGUGGUGAUAUUCCCCCUGGAUGUGCUGCAUACGGUUUUGUUUGUGAUGGCACCCGGCUUCUGGUUUUUGGUGGAAUGGUGGAAUAUGGAAAAUACAGCAACGAUCUCUAUGAGCUACAGGCCAGCAGAUGGGAAUGGAAAAAGUUGAAAGCUAAGUCUCCCAAAAAUGGCCCACCUCCCUGUGCUCGACUUGGUCACAGUUUCUCUCUGGUGGGCAACAAGUGCUUCCUGUUUGGAGGGCUGGCUAAUGACAGCGAGGACCCCAAAAACAACAUCCCUAGAUACCUGAAUGAUCUGUACACCCUGGAGCUUCGUGCUGGCUCCAGUGUUGUAGGCUGGGAUAUACCAAUUACUUAUGGCGUUUUGCCGCCACCUCGCGAGAGCCACACUGCUGUAGUGUACACAGAAAAGGAGAGCAAGAAAUCUCACCUUAUCAUCUAUGGAGGGAUGAGUGGCUGUCGUCUGGGAGAUCUAUGGACUCUUGACAUUGACACCCUGACCUGGACCAAGCCAUCGGUGAAUGGCACAUCGCCCCUGCCCAGGAGUCUCCACUCUGCCAUCACCAUAACAAACAAGAUGUUUGUUUUUGGGGGAUGGGUUCCCCUGGUUAUGGAUGACGUGAAGGUGGCAACACAUGAGAAAGAAUGGAAGUGCACAAACACUCUGGCCUGCCUAAAUCUUGACUCCAUGGCCUGGGAAUCAGUGUUGAUGGAUACCUUGGAGGACAAUAUCCCCAGGGCCCGGGCAGGACAUUGUUCUGUGUCCAUCAACUCUAGGUUGUAUGUCUGGAGUGGCCGUGACGGUUACCGUAAAGCAUGGAACAACCAAGUCUGCUGUAAAGACCUCUGGUACCUUGAGACAGAGAGGCCACACGCUCCCUCGAGAGUGCAGCUUGUCCGUGCCAACACCAACUCCCUGGAGGUGAGCUGGGGCGCUGUGUCCACCGCAGACACCUACCUGCUGCAGCUGCAGAAGUACGACAUCCCAGCUGCCGCUGCUGCCACCUCCCCGGCCCUCACCGCCACCUCUUCUCUACCAGGGAACUUGCCCAAAAGCCCAGCGGCUCCCUCUGCUCAGAACCUACCACACACAGCCAUCUUGAAGGUUGCAGCCCCUCAGUCUGGCACAGGUACCUCCCUUGUCACUGUGCGAGCCAACCAGGCUGUGAAAUCCCCUGUCACUGUGACAUCACUUCCUCCAGGGGUUCGGAUGAUGGUUCCUGCCCAGACUGCCCAAGGAACGCCAAUCGGCAAUAGCCCUCAGAUGAGUGGCAUGGCAGCUUUGGCUGCAGCUGCAGCAGCAACACAAAAGAUCCCGCCCUCUUCAGGCACUGGGCUCAACCUUCCAGCAGGUGCCACCCUUGUCAAAACGAUGGCUGUCUCCCCUGGCUCCACCACAGUCAAAAUGUCAUCUCCUCUCAUGGUCAGUAACCCAGCCACUCGCAUGCUGAAGACUGCUGCAGCUCAGGUGGGCACAGUGACUGUAUCAUCACCCAACUCGCCCAACCGACCCAUCAUCACUGUGCACAAGUCAGGCACGGUCACCGUAGCCCAGCAACACCAGGUGGUUACCACCAUGGUGGGAGGAGUCACCAAGACAAUCACCCUGGUCAAGAGCCCCCUUACUAUGGGAGGCAGCGGCACUCUGCAGAUCUCCAGCCUUGGCAAGAUGAUAUCUGUGGUACAAACCAAGCCAGUGCAGACAUCAGCUGUUACAGGCCAGGCUUCCACUAACCCUCUAUCACAGCUCAUACAGACUAAGGGUUCUCUCCCUGCUGGCACCAUACUGAAGCUGGUGACUUCAGCAGAUGGCAAGCCCACCACCAUCAUCACCACGUCCCAGGCAGGGGGCACAGGGAACAAACCCACCAUCCUGAACAUCAGCGGCAUGUCGCCCACCACAACCAAACAGGGCACCACCAUCAUCAAGACCAUCCCUAUGUCUGCUAUUAUGAACCAGCCUGGAGCCACAGUGACCAACAGCACAGGGAAGAUGCCCUAUACCAUUCUCACCACCAAGAUGAUGACCACUGGCACUCCAGGCAAAAUCAUCACUACCAUGCCUAAGCUUGGCACUGUAACUGGCCAACAGGGGCUGACACAGGUGGUUUUGAAGGGCGCUCUGGGCCAACCUGGCACCAUUCUGCGCACUCUACCCAUGGGUGGAGUCCGACUCGUCACCCCGGUUACGAUGACUUCUGUCAAGCCCAAUGUAACUACACUGGUCGUCAAGGGAACAACUGGUGUCACCACCCUGGGGACAGUCACAGGCACAGUCUCCUCCAGCCUGGCAGGGGGCAGUUUAGCCAGUGCCAAUGCCUCUCUGGCAACUCCCAUCACCACCCUGGGCACCAUUGCCACCCUGCCCAGCCAAGUCAUCAACCCUACGGCCAUCACUGUGUCAGCGGCCCAGGCCUGUCUGACCACAGUCACUACCCUGUCCACCUCCACCAUGUCGGUGAACCAGCCAACCCAGGUGACUCUCAUCACCACCCCCAGCGGGGUUGAGGCCCAGCCAGUGCAGGACCUGCCCGUGUCCUUCCUGGCCUCCCCCACCUCUGAGCAGCCCUCCACUGAGGCCGGGGAUGCCCCUGGUACUGUCACUAUGGUCUGCUCCAACCCACCCUGUGAGACCCACGAGACAGGAACCACCAACACAGCCACCACUGCGUCUGCUAACAUGUCGGUGUGCUCCAACCCUCCCUGUGAGACCCACGAGACUGGAACCACCAACACCGCAACAACCUCUUCCACCAACAUGGGAGGGGCAAUGAGGGCAACCACCUCUGCUUACCCCGGAACCGCCAGAGGCAACCAGGGACCAGAGAACCUGCGCACCGGAACCACCGUCACCCCCGCCACAGCACGCUCUAACAUGGGCUCAGCCCAGACCGGCACUGUGCAGAGUCCCAAGCAGCCAGCCGUGGGCCUUACAGUUUGCUCUAACCCACCCUGCGAGACACAUGAAACGGGGACCACCAACACCCCAUCCCAGGCCAGUUCCAAUAUGGCUGGGAACCAGACAGGAACAGUGACGGUGACGGGCACAACCAACACUGCCACUCAGUCCUCGUCCGGCAUGGGUAACGGGAAGACUAACACUGUGCAGAAAGUGUGCUCAAACCCACCCUGCGAGACCCAUGAAACGGGGACCACCAAUACCCCAUCCCAGGCCAGUUCCAACAUGGCUGGGAACCAGACAGGAACAGUGACGGUGCAGGGGGUGUGUUCAGACCCCCCCUGUGAAACCCACGAGACUGGCACCACCAACACGGCAACUACUGCCACAGCAGAUGGAGCAGACGGUGGCACCAGCAGUACAGAGACUCCCUCCACUACUGCAUCAGGAACAACCCCAGCCACCAUCCAGAGCAGAGCGAUCACUACUGUGACCCAGUCCACACCAGCCCCAGGGCCCUCAGUACCUUCCAUUUCUUCGAUCACUGAGGGUGCAGCAGUUUCCACAGAAGAGCCCAUGCAGACUGAUGCGGCCACAGAGGGGGGAGACAACGCUAUGGAGACUGGGCUGCCCCCAGAGCUGAUGUCAGAGGGACAGAUAGGAACAGGUCUGUCUGCAGAGGAGCUGGCUGUGACUGCAGCAGCACAGGCAGCAGCACAGGCAGCAGCACAGGCUGCAGCCACUGAGGAGGCCCAGGCCCGGGCCAUCCAGGCAGUUCUCCAGGCAGCACAGCAGGCCACCAUGAACGAGGGUGAUUCUGGCUUGGACAGACAGCAGACCACCACAAUCCCCAUCGUUCUGACCCAGCAAGAGCUGGCAGCCCUGGUCCAGCAGCAACAGCAGCUCCAGGAAGCUCAGGCCCAGGCUCAGGCCCAGCAGCAAGGAAACGCCCAAGCCCUGCCCACUGAAGGCCUGGCCCCCGCAGACAGCCUGAAUGACCCCACGUCUGAGAGCAAUGGACACAAUGAGAUGGCUGCAGCCGCUUCCAGCGAUGUGGCAUCACUGCUGCCGCGCACCUCCACGGAGACCCUGGCCCCCUCAAGCACAUUUGCGGUUUCCAGUCCAGCCAACCUGCAACCUGCAGCUUCUCUAGCAGAGGUGGCCAAUGGCAUCGAGGGCGGGAAGCUAUACCCUCAACCAGCGCCUAUCAAGACACUUGUAAAAAAAGAGAACCAGUGGUUCGAUGUUGGAAUCGUUAAGGUGACAAACAUGGUGGUCACACACUUCUUCAUCCCAGGGGAUGAUUCUCAAGUAGAGGAUGACUCGGGCGCCAUUCCAGACUAUAACCAGAUGAGGAAAAUGGAGCUGCAGCCUGGCACAGCUUACAAGUUCCGUGUUGCUGGCAUCAAUGCUUGUGGUCGUGGUUCCUUCUCAGAGAUCUCUGCUUUCAAGACCUGUCUACCAGGCUUCCCCGGAGCACCUUGUGCCAUCAAAAUCAGCAAGAGCCCAGAUGGUGCCCACCUUACCUGGGAGCCUCCUUCGGUGACAUCAGGGAAGAUCAUUGAGUAUUCUGUGUACCUGGCUAUCCAAAGCACCCAGACAGCUGAGCCUAAGACCUCCACCCCAGGCCAGCUGGCCUUCAUGCGGGUGUACUGUGGGCCCAACCCCUCCUGCCUGGUGCAGUCCACCAGCCUUUCGAACGCCCACAUAGACUACACCACCAAGCCCGCCAUCAUCUUUCGUAUUGCCGCACGCAAUGAGAAGGGCUAUGGCCCUGCCACACAAGUCCGAUGGCUGCAAGAGUCCAGCAAAGAUGGUGCCUCGGCAAAACCUGCCCCAAAAAGACCAGCAGUGUCCUCACCUGAUGUUAAGGCUGCUGGUCAAAAGAAAGCAAGAACGGACCAGUGAGAUGGCCCAGAUGGACCCCCCCCCCCCCCCCCUACUCGCUGUCCAGGAAGACUUCAUCCUCAUCCUGGCUUCACCCCAUCUGCGAGUUGACCCACAACCAGCCAGCAACAUAAGCAAAAUGGCAGCAGAAACCCUAGAUGAAAAUCAACAAGAGAGAGAGUUCUGUAGGCAAGACUGUUUUUUUUUCUUCUAGAGCAACACAAAUGAAAAAAGCACAUUGUAGCUUUUACUUCAUUAGUCUUUUUUGUUUAUUUUCUUUGCUUUCCCCCUAGCUACUUUUAUUAUACAUAUUUUUGGCUAGUUUCCGUAGUUGUAGAGAAACAUUUACAGCAUCACAAGCUGUGAGCCGGCCUGAGCUUAAUGUUACUUUUGUUUUUGAAUAUUUGGGGGUAGUAGAGAGAGAGAGACUACAUGAGAGGAUGUACAGUUUGAGCAUGUGCUGAACAGGAGGCAGUGUUGGUUUAGAUGGGAGGAACAAUCAAAAUGGAAAAACAAAGCACUUUUCCUCAAAAGGGACAUUUUUUUCCCCCUCAAGCAGAAAUGUUCAUCAAUUAAGAAACCAAUAUAUACAAACAUCAUACUGGACUCCAGUCUCCUGGUAAUCUCAUCACUGUGCUUUUGCCCCGAGAUAAGGACUGAUGGCUCUGAAGUGGAGAAAGGAUUUAAUGACAAAGGAAGAAAUGUGUAGAGGAACAGAGACUUUGCUAUGACUGAGACUUGCAGCAUACACACAACAAAUAUUGCAAAAUCUUCCCCAAAAAUUUGCAAGCAAUGAUGCAGAUCUUUGCGUAGUUUAUUUUUCUAUUUUUUUAAGCUUUUCCCUGUGUCUAUCACCAUGCAUUUUAAAACGUCCACUACUUUUAUUUUUUUAGUUUAUUAUUGUUCAUCCCCAUAGUUUAAGUGUUUGUGGGAAAGGGGUGGCAGUGCUGAGGUAGACACUAUAUUUUAAAAUAUUGGUUUUGAUCAGUUGUAUGUUCUUGUUGUGUUGGAGUGUAUGGAAAAAUAAAGGCUUUUGUGUUUGUGCUGACUAGGACCGCAAAUGUAAUAGGACUGAAGGGAAUUUGAAACAGACCCGUGGAGAGGAGUACAUUUAGUUUACUACAUCUUCCAAUGCUUGUGUUGCUGUGUGUAUGCCAAACAUGGACAAUUUAAUGAAGAAAAAUCUUUUCAGUCCCACAUUCCUUCCUUCCCACCCCAAUACACCACCUUUCCAAUCAGUAAUCUGUAUAUACUCUGCUUUUGGGGUCAUUCAUUUGAGUACCCUACAUUUAUUUUAGACCAAGAAAGAAUAUAUUUGGAGACUUUUGUUCCUUAUACUGUUGAGGAAGAUGUACGUGAAACCACCAAAUAAAACAUGUAUUACAUUUUUUUUUAGGCUCUGUAUUUUACCAAUUACAGAAGGGAGAUGUGCAGGUUAUUUCUGAGAAGUUUACCUGUAUAUCUUUAAAUUGGGAUGUCUUGGUGGGAAGGAAGAUGAAUUGCCAGAGUUUAAACUCACUUGUAAAUUAGUGCUUCCAUAGAAAGAAUAAAAUAUAUUGGCCUUUUAUACAAUUACCUGUACAAAAAAGUUUUUACAUGUUGGUCAUCUCUCGAUUGCCUUUUGUGUCAUGACUUAUAUAUAUUAAAAUAACAUUGUGUGUCUGUGUAUAUAUAUAUGUCUCCCUGAUCAAUUGCUAUGACUUGCUUUGUUAAACAGAUUUGCUCAAAAUCACAUCAAGGUGCAUUACCAGUACCAAAAUAUUUGUAUUCAGGAUCAAUCAACCCAUGGAGUUUUAUAGAGAGGGAAGUCUUGGAGUGGUAAUGAUAGUUUUCAGAAUGGAAAUAGCCAGAUUGGGUAAUGAAGCCAAGGGUGAACUUGCUACCUCUCUUAGGAUUGUAGUACUUGCACCUUGAUUUCAAGUCUCCAGAUUUACUUCAAUAAUGAAAACCCUAUUUCAUAUACAUCCAUGAUUUUGAGCAAAACUAGACAUGCAUGCAACCAAAGAUAAAAAAUAAAAAAACUUGUUUGUUCCUUUCUA